AUGUCUGUCAUAGUGGACUUGCGGCUGGGCAACUGGAAAGCUCAACAGCUUAUAAAUUCAACAAAGGAAACCACUGCCAAAACAAAACACGAGGCCGAUACAAUUCUGUUGGAUAUUCAGAAUAUCUACUACCAGCAUAAACAUCUGAACCGAGAAAUUGACCAGUGCGAAAGUUUUGUCUCUAAGCAUGAACAACUGGAUCUAGUCCCCUUAGAACAGUUUUUAGAAGAGAACCCACAUCUGAAGGAGGAACAUGACAAAAACCCGGCAUCUCGUAAUGUAAAUCAUAUGAUCACUCUAGAACGACUUAAAGACGAAGAAAAGCGACGACUGGAACUUUUCGUCACCAAAACCAGACUUCAUGAAACACGCAACAAAUUGAAUCUUGAAAUCAAGUCGCUGCGCGAUGGUUUGGAUGAUGUCAAGGCCUAUGAGACACAACUCAAACGUCUGAAAAAUGAGACCGACCAGCUGCGCAAGCUCGUUUAUGAGCAUUGA